AUGGCAAUCUCCGGCUCUGGUCCUUCUGAGGUGGCCCCUCCAAAUUCGUCUGGAAUUAAGGUAAUCGUUGUGGGCCUCGGGAUGGGUGGUCUGGCGGCUGCCAUCGAGUGUCAUCAAAAAGGCCAUACAGUAAGCGCGUUUGACAAGGUGGACGUUCGGACUUUCGUGCAUAAGACCGGGUAUCAAAGGAAUGACGGUUACUGGGCCCUUCGAUCCAGGCUAGCAUCGACGUUUUUCGAGCAUGCACAGACCCUGGGCAUUGACCUAAGCGUCGGUCCAGACGCCGCAGUGGCCCAUUAUUGGGAGAGCCAUGACGAAGCUGGCAUUGAGACGGUGAGCGGAGACCGCUUCACGGCAGACUGCGUCAUUUGCUGCAAUGGGAUUAACAGUACUGGAAGACAAAGCAUCCUCGGAGAGGACUCGGCAGUCAUAUUGACCAGUCAAUACGUCUUCCGGACGUCGUUCCAAACAGCAGAGUUGGGUGAUAUUCCCGAGAUUAAAUGGAUUAUGGAAGGCACAACGGAUUCAGGCAAGGUAUUCAUGGGCCCCGGGCUUGAAAUCGGAUUCGCCUCCUUUGCAAAUGGUCAGGAAAUGGCGAUGGCAGCUAUGUAUAAUGUCGAUUACGCUCGGGAAAAGCUAGGAAGACCGCCUGACAAUGUGCAUGAUUUAGUCGGGCUUAUGGAAGGCUGGGGGGUGCAAGGCAAACUGAGAAACAUGCUCAAGCAUGUCCCCAACAAUAAAAUGGUCCACCAUUCGCAUCCAGAAGUCCCUUGUCCAGGUGGCUGUCCCCAGAGAAAAGGACGAUCAUUAUCGGCGACGCAGCACACCCUUUCCUUCCUGUUAUUGGCCAAGGUGCUAGCCAAGCCAUUGAAGAUGCAGCGGUGA